UCAUGAUCACGAAUGGCAAAGUUUUGUUUCCUGUUGUGUGUUGCAGGAGACUUUUGGUGAGAGCAUCAUCCACGGCCACAGAUAAAGUAGGUGUUGACUUGAGCUGUAAGCACAAUGACAAGACAGUUGUCUUGUCAUUAAGAAAUGAAGGGAAGAUGAACUGCAUGACUGAGUACAUGGCAAGAACGUUCAAAGAUAUUGUGAGAAAAUUGCCAGAAUCUCACCCAAAAGCUCGAUGUUUGGUUGUCACUGGUCAUGGUAAUAGCUUUGCCGCUGGUGCAGAUUUAGCUUGGCUUGAGGAGCGCAGUAAAACUGAUCCUUCCAAAAACAUUGAAAUUAUGAAAGAAUAUUAUGGAUUCUUCACACCUCUUCUUGAAGCCUCUAUUCCUACUAUAGCUGCUAUCAAUGGGCCUGCUAUUGGCGCUGGCUUCUGUAUUUCAAUGUUUUGUGACCUAAGAAUAACUGCUGAUGACGCCAAAUUGGGCGCUAACUUUGUGAAAGUUGGCAUCAGUCCUGGUAUGGGUGGUUCAUUUACCCUGCCGCAAAAGCUUAACAAUCAGGUAUGUAACGAUAUUACACUCACUGGAAGAACGUUCUCUGGCAAAGAAGCAGAAAAAAUGGGAGUUGUUCUAAAGUCUGUUAAUUCAAGAUCAAUGGUUCUUGAAGAAAGUUUAAAGUUAGCACAGCAAAUUGUAAUCUCAACAUCCCCAAACGCAAUGAAGGAAACUGUUAAACUCCUUCGUGCUCCGUACUUGGCAAUUAUGGAGGCUCAAUUACAACAAGAAGCUCAUGCCCAGAGUAGAUGCUUUGCCAGCAACGAUUUUAAGAUAUCUCUUGCUUCAGUGAAGAAUAAGACUCUUCCAGUUUUUGAUUGAGUUUCGAAUCUAAACUCUUAGUGAUUUAAAAAAGUUUUUUAGAGGUUUUGUACAUUUGUUUUUAAGGCCGGAAUCGGUGGCAGGCAACUAUCGUGUCAUGAAUAA